AUGCAUGUAAAAGAGACGAGAGGCAUCGUCAUGUCGACCACGGGUCCCAUAAACAAUUAUUAUGUGGAUUCUUUGAUAAACCAUGAGAGCGAGGAUGUGCUGGCGUCGCGGUUCUCAGCCCCAGAGCUUCUCCCCACCCGUUGCCGACCGACGACACUAGUAGCGGAGUGCUCCGAAUAUCCCUCCUGCAGUUUUGCGCCGAAACCUCCUGUCUUUACCUCCUCCUGGGGCCCAGUUCACUCCAAGUCUUCAGUGGUCUACCACCCAUACACCCACCAACCUCACAUUGGAACGGACUCGAGGUAUGUUCGCUCAUGGCUAGAGCCCAUAUUUCCAGGCUACCCUGCGAACGGUAGACACUACGGACUCAAAACGGAUGGUUUUCCUCAGCCCGGUGCCGGAGACUGCAUCGCUUCCAACGGCCACGGAUACCCGGAUUACUUCUACAACACCUCAGUGGACAUCCGAGACAAGACACAGCAGAUCAUCCCUUCUCCAGAGUCGGAGGUUUUGGCUUCCGGAAAGCACAAAGACGACAAGCCAGAAUUCGAUCCAAGUAAGUGAAAGCCAUGGCAGUUUACGCUGGUUUACAACCGGCUAUUGGAGUCGUUUGUGUGUGGGUGAGGUGGGGGUGUUCGUCUUCCAUUGGGUUUUCGCUCGUUGUCUGUUGUCCUACUAUAAAACGAAAUUAUCGUAUCUUUUCCCUUCCCUUUGAACGGGAGGGAACUGGGGGCUGUUAGACAGUGUUAGACAGGACAAACGCCAAUCCCCUUAAGGUUGUAAAAUGGGAAGAAGCUAUAAACGGCUAUAAAAUGGGGAAACUCUGGAAACAAGCUUUUCAAUGACGAGAUUAGAAUCUCUAGUAAACUACACUGUCUUACAUGGCCUAAACUUGUGCGUAAAAGCAUUUAUUUUGUGCGUGAAAUAAUAUAUUAUUUUACUUAGAUACAUUUUAGGUGGUAUGCAGGAUUUAUACACGAGGUGUGGCCCUAUAAAUCAUAGAACUUGUGUUAUAGUGGAUUAUUUAUUAAUGUAUUAUUAUUACCAUUAUUAUUAUUAUUUGCAUUCUGGGUUAAUAGGCUACGAUUGAAAUGCACAUCCAUAGGCCUAAAGGCUAAUACAGCUUGUAGAAACGACCAAAGCCACCAUGGCUUUUAUCUGCAGUAUGAUUAUAAUAGCUAGUCAUUUCAUGUAAAUCUAUACUGGUUUAUUGCCCCGUGUUAUUUAGUCAAUAAUGGCUUAUUUCUCACGUGAAUAUUCAAAGUUCUGCUACAACCGAAGCCGAGUAGCCUAAGUCACAAAACAUAACGUUGAGAUACAACCUAUUCAGCGAGGACCCGAACCAUUGAUAUUGACGUCUUUAUAUCAGUACUUAGAAAAACAUGACAACACCGAGCAAACUCCCUACAAUAAACACACAACAUAAUAUUUUAGGCCACAACAGGAAUGUCAGGGUGAAAUGCAUCUAGCUGUCUCGGUUGCAGACCUGCCGAGACUUGAAACUAAAGGCUUUUAAAAUCAUUUAUGGGCCAAUAAAGCAAACGGGCGUACUCACAAUUUUACGACUCGGUCCUUUUCUAGCACUGUUGACGCUCUUAAAAUAUGGAUGUCUAUAAGAGAGAUACUUAUUUAUAAUUAUUAAGGAAAACAUUGAUGACACACUUGACAAUGUACUGGAUUAUAUUGAACCAGUCUUAUUGUAGUUUUAGAAAAACAAGAGAGUAGGUCUGAUGCUCUCUGUUUGGUUUAGUGUGUGUUGAAGUGUUUAUGAUAAUGCUUUUAAAGUAGCUUAUAGUUUAUACACUUCAAAAGGUCAUCAGAAGUGUUCCAUUCAUUUACUUUUUUCUCUGUCCUAUCCUUUUACAGGCAACCCGGUGGCAAAUUGGAUACACGCUCGUUCAACAAGGAAGAAACGGUGUCCAUAUACAAAAUAUCAGACUCUCGAACUCGAAAAGGAGUUUUUGUUCAAUAUGUACCUUACCAGGGACCGUCGAUAUGAGAUCGCUCUGGUUCUUAAUUUGACCGAGAGACAGGUCAAAAUUUGGUUCCAGAAUCGGCGGAUGAAGAUGAAGAAAAUGAAUAAAGAGAAGACAGAAACUCAUGAGCAGUAA